GGUCCAGAGAGGGGUUUUCCCAUCUCACCAUUGCCGACAGUCCUGGCAGAAGCCAGAUUUGAUCUGCAAGGUGCAGGGGAAGCAAGGAGGGGCAUUUCCAGCAGUCUUUUCUGGGAAUAUCUGCUGCAAUUACCCCCUCAUAUGGCUAGGAACCAAGACUUUGGAAACACCCAGAUUGCACAAUGCCCUGGCCAGAGCUGCCACCCACAGCCCUGGCAGCAAUAAAAAGGAGAAGGAGCAGGAGCAUUGGCAGAGUCCUGCAAGGAGCACAUCCCCAAAGUACAUCAGCUGUCUGCCUGCUGCAGAGAUGGUGCAAGCAACUGUCUUCCUCCUGGUGCUCAGCCUGGCCCUGGGGGCUCACAGCCUCUCUCCAAAAAAGUGCAACCUGAUCGGGCACUGGGUCAAUGACCUGGGCUCCAACAUGACCAUCUCGGCUGUGAAUGGAGACGGUGUCUUCUCCGGCUCCUACCUCACGGCUGUGACAGUCACCACGAACGAGAUCAAAGUGUCACCCCUGCAAGGGUCUCUGCAACGCAAAAACCGGAAGGGCCAGCCCACCUUUGGCUUCACUGUCAACUGGAGCUAUUCAGACUCCAUCACCGUUUUCACGGGACAAUGCUUCGUGGACAAGGAUGGAAAGGAGACUUUGAAGACCAUGUGGCUUCUGCGGUCACGCAUGGACAACCUUGAAAAUGACUGGAAAGCCACCAGGGUCGGCACCAACAUCUUCACCCGUGUGCAGUCGCAGAAGGAGUGAGAAGGGCAGCAGGGGCGUUCCCAGGCCGGCAGCAACACUGGGGGGGAAGCCCCCACUCCUGCCCCACCACUUGUUUCUCCCAAUAAAGCUUUGUUGCAAAGCUCCACUGUUUCCUGUCUUGAUGUUGAAAACUGUGGAGUAUGUAAAAAACAUUCUUAAGAAAGUAUGUUCUUUGAUGUUUGAUCUUUGUAUGUUUUCAAGACUGAUCAACAAAAAGGGAGAUUUAAUCCAUGAAACAGAUAGCAGCUAACAAGCUCUAAGUGACAUCUGGGUGUUAGAAAUACAA